AUGUUUUAUAUCAACCUAUUAGAUUUCUCUAAUUAAUCCACUUAAGAAUUGAAAUAUCCUUUGCGUGAGUUUUUAAUUCGAUUCUUAAUAAAUAUUAUUAAUUUUGGAAUUACCAAAACACCAUAGAUGUAGCAGCAGCAUUAAUUUUCAUGUCCAUGCUCAUAUUGUAAGAACAAGAAGGAACAACAAUAGCCAUCUGUUCAUGAUUGUAAUUAAAUUGAAAGAGAAAAUGAAAUUUUGAAAGGUGAAAUCGCAAAGCUUUAAUAAUUUGCCAACUCGAAAGUCCCUGAAUUCUAAUAGUUGCUUAGAGACAAUCAAUAGAUGAAAAAAACAUUAGAUCAAAUGAAUUAAUAGAUAAAGGAAUAUGAGGAAGAAAUUUAGAGAUAAAAACAAGUUAUAGACAGAUUGAAUUUUGAUUUAGACAAAUCCAAGAGAGACAAUGAAUAGUUGCUUUAGGCUUUGAAUGAUAUCAAGCAAAGAGGGUUAUCAUAGGAACAAUCUCUUUUGCAGGACAAUCAAAGAAUGAAAUCUACAAUUGAUUCGCUGAAUAAUGAUCUAAGGAGUUUGCAAUAAGAAAUUUAUAGAUUAAAAUCGAUUAAUGAUAAAUCCAGAUAUGUCUAGGAUGAAUCAAACCGUUAUUAACAGGAGAAUUAAGCCAAUCUAGCCAGAAUUCGAUAAUUAGAGAUGUAGAUCAGGGACUUGAUGUCAAAGGAGGAAAGCUAUCAACUCCAGAUAACUAGAGCAGCCCAAGGAACAAAUACAGAAAAUCAACUAUUGAAGGAUCAAAUAGCUCAAUUGAAUUAACAAUUGCAUAUGAUGCAAAAGCAAUAUUAAAAAUAAUUGGAUGAUGUGAGAUAGGAUUAGGAUAGGAUGAUUUCGGAACAAAGAAACACAAUAAAUAUCUAAAUUAAGGAUUAAUUGCAGAGAGAUUAAUAAAAGUGGAUGGAUGAAAGAGAGGCGUUGCUUCAUGAGAUAUAGUUAUUGAAAUAGCAGUUGGCUUAGAAUGAAUUAUAAGUUACAAGGAAAAGACAAUUAUUGGAAGAUGAGGCGAAUAAGAAUUAGUAAUUCAUAGUAGAAAUGGAAUAGGCAAAUGGUUAACUUUAGAAUAAAUUGAGGGAUCUUCAAAUGCAAUUGCAAUAGUCUGAAAAGGACAAAAUGAGAAAUGAUUAAUAUGUGAGAAAAAUUGAUGAGUUGUAAUUGUAAGUUGAAUAAUUACAAAGACAAUUGUAUGAUUUGACGAGCAAAUACAAUAACUUAUUGAGUCAAUACGAAUAGAAGAAAUAUCAGAUUGAUUAAUUGAAUGGAUAAUUGAAUGUCAGUUAGGACAAUGAAAAGUAAAAGAUUAUGAAUUUGGAGAGAUAAAUUAGGGAAUUAUAAGAUUAAUUGGCUGAUACGUAGAGAUUAAGACAGCAAUUACAUUAGAUGAAUGAGAAUUACAGUGCUUUGUAGAUUACAUUUAAGAAUUCAUAAAAGUAAUUAUCAGAGGCGGAUGAGUUGAGACAAGAAUUAGAUGCAUUAUUUCAAGAAUUGGAAUAUUAUAAGUAAUAGGAUAUGAAGAGUAAACAAGAUUUAGAUAGGUAUAAGUAGCAAUUAAUAAUAAUUGAGAAUAAACAUAGUUAAUAAUCGAAUUAUGAAAUUGAAAAAUUAAGAUAAUAAAAUCAAUAAUUGAUUGAUGAAUUGAAUGAGUGGAAGAAUAGAAAUAAAUAAUUAGAGGGAAAACUUCAAUAAUAAAUAGUUAUGUUGAAUCAAGCUUAGAAUGAUUUGCAAGCCCAUCAAGCAUUAAAUGAGAAAUAAUAAUAUGCUUUGAAUGAAAGCAAUUAAUUAAGAGUCAAGAUAAAGGAACUGUUGGAUUAGAUUUAAUACUUAGAAAUGGAAUUAAACAAAAAGGAUAAUCUCAUUUAGGAUUUAUAAAUUAGUUUGGAUUAGUUUAGUAAACAAAGAGAUUCAUUGAUUAUAAUCGAAAAGGAGAAGAAAGAUUUUGAAUAUCGUAUAAUCUAAUUAGAGAAGCAAUUGGCAGAAUUAACAAUGUACAAAACACAAUUUUAGGAUCUCUAAUUUAAAUAUAAUAAUUUAGGUUAAGAGUAUGAAAGUUUAAGAAAAGAUUACGAAUUAUUGAGAUAUAAAUACGAUGAAAUCAACAACUAAUAUAUAUAAUCUAAAAAGUAGAUUAACAUUCAAAUCAAUAGUGAAGUAGAAGCAUUAAAAUCAGAGAUUUAGACAUGGAUUAUCAAAUGUAAGACAUAUGAAAGUGAGAUCAGUUUUUUGAGAUCCACAAUCAACGAUUAUUAGGAAAUAGAAUAAGAGUCAGAAAUGUUGAAAUAGGAAUUAGAAACAUGGUAGAUUAAAUUUGCUGAUGCAGAUAGAGAGAGGAUUCAAUUGAGACAAAGUAUUUAAGAGUAUGAGAAAUUCAAAUUCAGAAUAAGCGAACUUGAAAGGGAGAUAUCAAAUUACAAGUAUAAACUUGAGAGUACUGAAAAAGAAAGAGAUGGUGCCAGAUAAUAAUUAACAAUAUUGUAAUAACAAAGAGUUCAAUUUGAAUAAAUUAAAAAGGAGUAUGAUUCACUUGUAUACAAAUUCUAGGAAUAGGAAAGGGACAAUUUAUCAUUACGUAAUGAAAUUGAAAAUUUGAGACAGCAAUUGAUCUCUUUGUAAUAACUUAAAUAACAGUUAAUAUUAAUUGAACAAGAGAAAUCAUAAUUGUUGUAUAAGAUUGAAGAAUUUGAUAGGGAAAGACAAUUGUUAAAAUAGCAGAUUUCUAGUGCUAAUAAUAUUAAGAUGGAAUCUGAGAGUUUGAAGAGAGAGUAUGAAAUGCUCAGAAUGAAGUUGGAAUCAAGUGACAGAGAGAUUUCGACCAUGAGGUAAUAGCUGACUUUGGCAAGCAAUCAGAAAAUAGAAUUUGAUAGAUUGAGAUCCGAAUAUCAAUAGUUGAGAAUGAGUUUUGAAGAUUCAGAAAGAGAAAAAUAAGGAUUGAAAUAAUAAUUGUAAAUUGGAAUCAAUGUGAAGAAUGAACUAGAGUAAUUUAGAAAAGAGUAUGAUUUAAUAAGAUUAAAGUUUGAGGAAAGCGAAAAGGAAAAAAACUAAUUAAGAAUACAAUACCAAAGUAGCCAAAGUAAUGUAAAUGGUUAUAAAAUUUAGAUAGAACAAUUGAGUUCGCAAAUUAAUCAAUUUUAAUCAUAAGAACUAGUAAUGAAGAGAGAAAUCGAAAUGUUGAUUUAAUAAAUUGAUGUUUAUAAGAAGGAUCAAAUAAACAAGUAAUAAUAAAUUUAAGAAUAUUAAUUCAAAUAUUAGGAAAUCAUGAAAGAGUAUGAAAAUUUGUAGGGCAAACAGAAAAAUAUAGAUGUGGAUGCGUUGAUGUAUGAAAUAUAUGAAUUGAAGAAGUAAUUAGCUUAAAAAGACAAGCAAUAUGAGUAUGAGAGACAAGAAAUCAAUGAACAAAAGUUUCAAAUGGAAAAGAGUGUGAAGAUAAGAUUGGAACAGGAAAUACGCAUUUUGAAUGAGAAAUUUAAUAGUGAAUUGAAUGAAUUGAGAAGAUAAAUUUAAAUUGAAAAGUAGGAGAAACUAAAGUUGGAAUCAGAACUGAGAAUUAAGUAUGAGUAAUAGAUUAUGCAACUUUAACAAUAAAUUAAACCAUCUGUGGAUGUUGAUGCUUUGAUGUAUGAGAUAUUUGAGUUGAAAAAAUAAGCAGUUACUAAAGAGUAAGUAAUUGAAUAAAUGAAGAAAGAACAAUAUCAAUUGAGAGUACAAAUGGAAUAAAGAUAUAAUGAGUAAAAACUGCAAUUUGAAUCUGAAAUUAGAAUGAAAUUAGAAAGGGAGUUGAGGAUAUCAAUAGAAUCAGAUCUUAGAUACUAGAUUGAGAAUGAAUACAACUUUGAAUCAAAUAUUUAAGAUUAUGUUCUAUAGAUUGAAAAGUGGAAGUCUGUUUGUUAAAUGAGAGAUGAAGAGAUAGCACAUCUGAGAGGAUUGCAGUAAGCAUUAAAAGAGAAAUUAAAUUAAUACACAUCUGAAAUUGAAUCAUUGAGGACAUAAUUGGCUUUGAUGCAAGGAGAUAGAAGAACAGUAUAUUAAAUAAAAUGA